CUCGCUCACUUCUGUUCACAGCGGUGGAUUUCAUAAGGUGAAAUUUGUCAUUUCGUGUCGAGUCUCGAUUUUUCCGUCUCUCUCUGAAAUCAAAUACCGCCAUUAGCCCAAAGCUCCGCACUCACGCACUUCCAUCAAUGGCGGCUACAUUUACAACUCUGCCCAAUGUCGGUUCCCUGCCAGGUCAGCGGAACGCAUCGCAGGUUAAAGCACUAAGUCUCGCUUGCAAUGCACCCAGGCUUCCUGCGAGAGUUAAUGUUUCCCCGUCUUCAUCGAGCUUGUUUUUCUCGAAUUGGCUGCGUGUCAACCCUCUUACUUUACCUCUUUCUUCUCAGAGAAAAACCCAUCUUAGCGCAAUUCGAGCUAGUGCUGAGGUAGCAGAGUUGCAGUCUAAGGUGACCAACAAAGUUUAUUUUGAUGUAAGCAUUGGGAAUCCUGUUGGGAAGCUUGUUGGAAGGAUUGUUAUAGGAUUAUAUGGUGAUGAUGUCCCCCAAACAGCAGAGAAUUUCCGUGCAUUAUGCACAGGGGAUAAGGGCUUUGGCUACAAAGGCUCUGCAUUUCAUCGUGUCAUCAAAGAUUUCAUGAUUCAAGGAGGGGACUUUGAUAAAGGAAAUGGAACUGGAGGUAAAAGCAUAUAUGGUCGUACAUUCAAAGAUGAAAACUUCAAGUUGUCCCAUGUUGAACCAGGAGUAGUUAGCAUGGCAAAUGCAGGCCCCAACACCAAUGGAAGUCAGUUUUUUAUUUGCACUGUUAAGACCCCAUGGCUGGAUCAGAGGCAUGUAGUUUUCGGGCAAGUUCUCGAAGGUAUGGAUAUUGUGAAGUUGAUUGAGUCGCAAGAGACAGACAGAGGAGACCGUCCCAGAAAGAGAGUGGUUAUCAGUGACUGCGGUGAGCUUCCAAUGUCCGAGGCCUGAUCUUAUGAAAUUUGAGCAGUCCGGUUUCUUGGUUCUCAACUUUUGCUGCAAGAGUUUGAUUUGGACCACUUGGAUAAGUUUCUCCUUUGAUGACACUGUAAGCAGUGGAAAUAUCGAGCAAGGAAAAUUUUCGAUUGUUCAGUAUCCGAUCUAAAAAUUCUGUUACACAUUGUUUUGAUCUGGGUGUUCAUGCGUGCCCAUGGCUUUAAUAAAAAAACAUUGUACUCUGAAACGGAACGGAAUGCGAAUUCCCUAGUUUACUUGGCCA